AUGCUGCAAGGCACCGUUACUGGAGGCCUGCUCGCUGGGUCAGAGGCGGAUGACUGGAACCCCAGAUGGCGAGGAUCACCAAAGACCACCCAUCCACAGGAGUCAGCACCCUCUUUUUUCAUGCCGAGCCCCACAAGGGCCUUGGCUUUGGAGUCGCCCAAGCGAAUGCAGACGUCGCCCAAGCGAAUGCAGACGGCCAACACGCCAGCCAGUCGAUUUAAUAGGACCAGAGAGGUGGUUCCUGAGGAGGAGCCGAACCCCUUCAAAGUUGGUGUUCCAUUUCGAUGUGCCGUGAUGUGUCCAACAGUGAUCAUGCUGGUUGCUUUCAUUCUAGUCUUUGUACCACUGGCCUUGUUUUCACUAGAUACCCAGCGUGCGACUUUUCGGAACUACGCACACUCGGUGGCCACACAGAAGGAGCUCAUCAGCAGCAUAGUUUUAAACGCCACGCAGUGGGUACUGCUGGAAGCUUCUAAGUCGGUCGAACAGGCCGUCUUCGUUGGAAUCGUGGAGCCGCCCGAUCGCGCCGUAGACACCCUGACCGGCGCCAUUCGGAUGUCACGCAGCCGUGAUGGCUGGGAUUUCACUUCAGCACUCCAACGGCGAGGCCUUGCGCAUCGCGCCUGGGAGGAGCUGAAUAAUCAGUGGACUUGCACGCAACUGAAUAACAAUCUUUGCUCCGGACGCGCACUAAGUUUGUAUGCCGCCCUGGACGAAGAGGAGAUCAUGGGCGCAGCCUUUCGGCCCAGUUAUUGGGCCCAGACGCUGGCGAAGGAAGCUCCCUUCUUGCUGGAUGCUCCGGCGUCCAAAGGUAGGAGCACCAACCUUUCAGUGUACGAGGCUCACCCGCAACACGGUGCGCGCGGCGAAUUCUUCGUUUCGAGGCCAAUUAGGCCAACGCAGAUGCCUUUCUAUCUCACACAGGUGAAACUGGCCCAAAAGGCGAUGUUGGCAAGUGCCACUGGUAAUGUCGCUGAGAUGCGUGCAGAGGCGAAGUUGAAAAAGAUGUGGUCGCCCGUGUACAUCUUUCACCCCUGGUGGGAAGGCGAGAACGCCUCCAGUGGUGGACAACUAGCGCUCUCCUGGACGACUCCACUGGCCAUGUGUGGCAACUAUUCUUGUGUGGAUGGUGUUGUGGCUGCGGAUACGACUUUGGACCUGGUGAGUUACGAACUCGCCUUGGCAUGGUAUCGGCUGCAGAGCAACCUGCUGGGAGCCCCCUGGAGUUUCGAGCUAUCAGAACAAAACUCGAGCAUCUUUAUUGUGAAACAGAUGGCGCCAAUGUUUCCAGAGCAGGAGGGUUUGCUGAUCGGUGCUUCAGACUUCCACUCGGCUCUGGUGGAAGGGAAGUUGAUUGAUGCCUCGGACUCGCCCAGCAAGAUCGUGGCGGCCACCGCCAAGGCGGUGCUCCAACGCUUUGGAGCCUGGAAUGCCAGAGAGCUGACGAGGAGAGGGAAAGACCAGUCCUUUCACUUUUCCUUGAGAGAUGCGCAAGAGGGAAGAUGGAAGGAAUGUCAUCCACUGGUUGACACCCAGGGAACUCCGGAAGACAAGGAUUGGGAAGAGAACUGUUUCCAGGCCACAACCCAUACGAUCUUCUUGGAUGAUUCUUUGCAGUGGCUUGUAGUGGCUUCUUUACCGGCUGCAGCCUUCAGCAAAUUUUACGUUGAUGAGGCUAUGGCGGUGGAAAUGCAGGUGAAGCGUGAACAAAUGGAGGCUCACCAGAAGCAGAGGGACACUCUCAUCGAAUGUGGUUUCCUGGGCAUUCUGGCUGCUGCUAUGGUGUUGGUCAUGGGACUGGUUACAAGCGUCUUGGUCCUGCGGCCCUUGAGCAGAUUGAGUUUGCUGAUGCGCAGGCUCACGGAACUGGACUUCGCCCAUGAUUCGGUGGAGUACCGGCAGAUGCAGGACGGGCAAGCGGGACGCAUCCUGGAGAUUAACGAACUGUUGGGAGCCGCGGUGGUGCGGAUGGAAGUCUUCGCGCGCUUCGUGCCCGACUCGGUGGUGCGACGCCUCAUCAGCGGGGACCCUAAAGCCUCGCGCCUGAAUGUGCUGCGAAAGAAUGUUUCGAUCAUGUUCUCCGAUGUCCGGGACUUCACCUCGAUCUCAGAGGAGUUGAAGCAGGACGACCUCAUCCUUUUGCUCACGGUGUAUCUCUCGGUCAUGACGCGCAUCAUUGAGCCCGGGCCUCGCCGGGCCUCGCCCGGGAGGUCCUUUGAGGGCGUGGUGGGGGAGAUCUUGGGCGACGGCAUUUUGGCCUUUUGGAACACGCCUGACGACGUGUUCAGCCACCCUGCAAAAGCGUGCGCGGCAGCGCUGUCGCAGCAGCAGGCCUUGGGGCCGCUGAACGAAGAGUUCCAGAAGCUGGGCCUGCCACCUCUGGCCAUUCGCAUCGGCAUUCACACCGGGGAAGUGCUCACCGGAAACAUCGGCUGUUUGUCGGGGAAGAUGAAGUUCGGCUGCAUGGGCGAUCCGGUCAAUCUGGCCCGUGGCCUCAGUAUGCCUCAGUGA